AUGACUCGCUCAAGGGGUUCUUCAUUGAGUGGCGAAGCACCGCCAUGUCCCGCAGAGUUACCGCACCUGCCUCCGACUCGAAACCUUGCUUUUUAUGCGACUCUCGUACUGGCCGUCGGUCCUCUCUGGUCAAUCCCUCCACUGUCGUGGACCUUCGUCCUGUACUCCUUGAUCUCAGGGUCUGUGUGGUCAUACUCCGGUCUUGUGCUUCUCACUUUUAUAUGGGCUAUUGCGGAGGUUUUCUUCUCCGUACAUUACUUCUUAUUGGCGCGCUUUGUCUCAGGGCCGUGCCCCAUUCCUGCAGGUGAAAUGCGCGAGCUCCAGAUCACCUUCACCCGUGUCUUGAAGGCUGGACUCGCCGAUUUACCUGAAGAGGGCUUUGACGAGGAGUCCACCAAAGCGGCCCGGCCUGGAAGUCCGGCGGAGGAGAUCGUGCAGCUAGGUAGGGAUGAUCGCCGCGCUGUCGACUUCCGUAAUAGUCUGCGUACAUGGUUUGGCAAGGUACCAUGGUCGCGCAUACGCCGCCGGGAGAUGCAGGAAUGGCUUUACUGGGCCAUAUUCAACGCUCGUCUGCCCACGAACAUAUCAUCUCUCCCUCACGCUCAACAAGUCUUCCUGAACGAGGCGCUUCAGCUCAUCGAGAAACGUUCUGGCACUGAAAUCCCGCCAGGAACGAACGCUCGGGCCCGUCCGAUGCUGCUCACCCUGGACCCAGUGAACUUCGCUUGGAGGCCGCUCAUCUGGUAUCUCGUAAUCGCGGCCGGGAAUUGCGGAAUGAAGCACCGCUUGAUGAUGAAGCACGGCAUGCGCAUUAUCGAGCACGACGGAGUUGAGUAUCUCCUCCGCGUACCGAAAGGCUGGAAUAUGGGCACCGAUACGACACCACUCGUAUUUCUGCACGGCCUUGGUCUCGGCUUGGUGCAAUACACACUCGUCUUGCACACACUACUCCCGCGUUCCGCGCAUCGACCUGUACUCGUUCCCCUCCAGCCGCACAUCAGUCAGCUCAUCUUUCACCCCAAAUUCCUGACACCGAAGGGGCGUCACGAUAUGACAACUUCGAUGGCUGCUUUGUUUGUCAAGCUCGGCUGGGUGAGCGAUGAGCAGGAAGGGGAGAAAUCGGUCGCAACUUCCAAGGGCGUGACGGUGCUCAGUCAUUCGAAUGGCUCGUUUGUUCAUGCCUGGCUCUUGAAGGGGCACCCAAGCAUGAUCACUCGUUCGUGUUUUGUCGAUCCGGUUACCUUUUGUUCAUGGGAAGGCGAUGUGUGCCAUAACUUCUUAUACCGGCGCCCUGCCACCGCGCUUCAACUCCUGAUGUAUUAUUUUGUUGGGUCCGAACUCGGCGUUACGAAUGUACUCCAACGUCACUUCGAUUGGGCUUCGAAUAGCCUAUACUACGAGGAAAUCCCGCACGCGCGGGACCCGUCUAGGGCAAAGUUCUUCCUUGGAGGGCAAGAUGCUAUACUCUCGGCAGAUCGGGUGAAAAAGUAUCUAACAUCGCACGGAAUCAGCAAGGGUCUUAUGUACGACCCCAAUGGCAAGCAUGGUUCCGCCCUCCUCCAGGGCACGGCAGGCUUCAUGGAAUUGGAACGGUGGCUCGACGAGCCGGACCCUCAAUAG